AUGAAUGCGAUAGUGGAAGCGUUGGCCUUCUUUCUGGGGUUUCUGGCCUGGCUAAUGGUUGGGAUCGCCCUUCCAAAUCGAUACUGGAAGGUCUCGUCAGUGGACGGUAACGUUAUCACCACAUCAACCAUCUAUGAAAACCUGUGGAUGUCCUGUGCAACUGACUCUACAGGAGUUCACAACUGCCGGGAUUUUCCAUCUUUGCUCGCACUUAAUGGGUACAUUCAGGCCUCCCGGGCACUCAUGAUCGCUGCCAUUGUGUUUGGGACUUUCGGGCUCGUGGCUACUCUCGCUGGAAUGAAGUGUUCAAAGAUAGGAGGAGAAAACUACGUCCUGAAGGGAAGGAUCGCUGCGAUGGGAGGAGUGUUCUUUUUACUACAGGGGAUUUCCACCAUGAUUGCUAUAUCUUGGUAUGCAGCCAACAUCACACGGCAGUUCUUUGACCAGUUUUAUCCGGGGACAAAGUAUGAGAUUGGAGAGGGCUUGUAUAUCGGCUGGUCGUCGGCCACACUUGCCAUUUGUGGAGGUGCAUGCCUGAUGUGUGCUUGCAAAGUCAACACACCCACGGAAAAAAUGCCAUACCCAUACCAACCAUCCUCCAGAGGACAUGUGCUGUCCACUGUGGCGAUGUCUCAGUCGGUCCCGAGCAACUAUGGUAGAAACGCAUACGUCUGAGAGGUGAUUGUGGAGAAGUGGAAGCCAGCUUGGGAGUCAAUUCACUAGAUUGAAUGCAGUAGGAGAAGGCAGGAUUUACAAUGGAAAACACCAUUGUAAAGCCUCAUGAUCG